AUGAUGGUAUUGCUUAACUACAUUAUGAAUCAUCUAGAAAAUAAGUUACACAUAAGCACUUUGAUCUUUAGGUGGUGCCAAACUCGAUGCAUUGAAUUGAAUGGAGUCCAAACAAGGUGGAAAUUAGUAGUAGCAGUAGCAAAAAAAAAAAGCGAUUUUAGUGAGAUUGUUGCAAGUUUUCUAGGGUUUAAACUAUACUACAAUACUGCUACGUAUGUGAACAUUAGUGAAAAGUGUAAAAAGGAUCGACUACAAAGCUUUAUGUUAUUUAAUGUUUACACACUAGCAUCUUUGCAUGUCAAGUUGGUAAUUAGUAAAUAUGAACAAGAGUAUUUUGCUGCGAUGCUAGUUAUUUCUCGUUUCUGGUCUAUUGUAAGGAAUAAAAAAAGUUAUCCUUUGCUCAAGAGUAAUGCGCAUGAACUUGAUAGCAUUAACCAUCCUUUCGUUUUCUUGAAACGUUAA